CGUUUUGAACGUUUAAGGUACAACGCAGUCAAUUUACUUCAUCUCACCAGCAAGAAUAUUGACGAAGAGGCGAAAUGCAACUAAAUUUUGCUAAUUUUAGAAAACGUAGCACGAGGAGUCAUCCGAUCUAGGCUUGGAACAUUUUCCGACUCCCGCACAUCAGAACGUUUGUAUCACGGUCCAGCUUGCGUUUUGCGUAGGUUUCUAUGCCGGAUGGUGAUUAUUGUAGGACAGAGUUUCAGGAAGCUCUGCUUUGACAGUUUGUGCAGUGCCCUUGUUUCUGUUUCUUGUACUUGUUGAAUUGAAGAUGUACCGAUUGAUCUGAGCGUGUCUAUUUAGUACAGCAAAAAGCUGAAAUGAUGUUGCGGGUUAGAGCUGGAACUGUCUGCUUUGUUUGCCAUCGUUUUAUCAACUAUAGUAUUGGUACCAGAACAAGGGUUCCUCUGAAAAAGCUUCAUCCAUCUUCUCGAACUAUCUCCCAUCAAAGUAAUCUGAAAUCAACUGCUGCUCACAAAUUACUAAAUGGCCACAGUUUACGAAAGUAUUUUUCAUUUUCCCGGCUACCUCUCAGACCCACUAAACCUUUACCUGUACUUUAUGGAUACCAGCCUCACAGAAACUUUUGGGUAGCCAGACUGGCAAGCCGACUUCUAAGGCUUCGCUAUCUCAUACUUGGAUCUGCUGUAGGUGGUGGUUAUACAGCCAAAAAGACUUAUGACCAGUGGAAGGAAAUGGUGCCAGAUUUUAGUCAGUAUAAGUGGAUAGUGCCUGAUUUUAUAUGGGAGCUGGAUGAGCAUAUAGAUCUUGAAAAAAUUGUUAAAGCUCUUCCUGAUGCAGAAGACAUGGCAAAAUUGUUACCAGAUUUUGAGAAGAUUAGAGAAAACUUUAGCUUUCUAAGAAAUUUAGUUCCACGAGGUGAGAUUUUGCUUAGUGAAGUCAAAGGAACUACUGGUCUGCUUCUGUUAGAUUCUGCUAGUGAUUCUGCUUUCAGAGGAUCAGAUGGCACAGGUUUUGAAAAUGUUGACAAGCAGUACAAAAAGGGCCUGCUUGGUGAACUCAUUGUAAUCCAACAGCAAAUCCAGCAGCAUGAAGAAGAAGCACGCAGGGCAGCUGGCCAUUUUAACUCUGGGUCCUCUCAACAGAAGAGAAAGGUGUCUGAUAAAGACAAAAUAGAUCAACUUCAGCAAGAGCUGCUGCAGACCCAGCUUAAAUAUCAACGGAUGCUUGAAAGGCUAGAAAAAGAGAAUAAAGAACUUCGGAAAGUUGUGCUGGAAAAGGAUGACAAGGGAAUACACCACAGAAAAGUGAAGAAGUCUUUGAUUGACAUGUACUCUGAAGUUUUGGAUAUCCUUUCUGACUAUGACUCAAGCUAUAACACUCAGGAUCACCUGCCCAGGGUGGUGGUGGUUGGAGAUCAGAGUGCAGGAAAAACAAGUGUAUUAGAAAUGAUAGCUCAAGCAAGAAUAUUCCCUCGUGGGUCGGGUGAAAUGAUGACACGUGCUCCUGUUAAGGUCACACUUAGUGAAGGUCCUCAUCAUGUAGGCAUCUUUAAAGACAGUUCCCGGGAAUUUGAUCUUACCAAAGAAGCAGAUCUUGCAGCUCUUCGCCAUGAAAUUGAAAUCAGAAUGAGAAAAAGUGUAAAAGAAGGACAGACUGUUAGUUCUGAAACAAUUUCUCUGAGUGUAAAAGGCCCAGGAUUGCAGAGAAUGGUUCUAGUGGAUUUGCCUGGUGUCAUAAGUACUGUAACAUCAGGAAUGGCAGCUGACACUAAAGAAACCAUCUUUAAUAUCAGUAGGGCUUAUAUGCAAAACCCCAAUGCAAUCAUACUCUGCAUUCAAGAUGGCUCUGUGGAUGCAGAACGCAGUAUUGUGACUGAUUUGGUCAGUCAGAUGGACCCUCAAGGAAAGAGAACAAUUUUUGUUUUGACUAAAGUGGAUCUUGCAGAAAAGAACUUGGCUAGUCCCAGUAGGAUUCAGCAGAUAAUUGAAGGUCGGUUAUUUCCAAUGAAAGCUUUGGGCUAUUUUGCUGUUGUCACUGGGAAAGGAAAUGUAAAUGAAAGCAUUGAAUCGAUUAAAGACUAUGAAGAAGACUUCUUUCAGAAUUCAAGACUGUUGAAAACAGGAAUGUUGAAGGCUCAUCAAGCAACUACAAAGAAUUUAAGCCUUGCUGUGUCUGAUUGCUUCUGGAAAAUGGUACGGGAGUCAGUGGAACAACAAGCUGAUGCAUUUAAAGCCACACGCUUCAACCUUGAAACAGAGUGGAAGAACAAUUUCCCAAGAUUACGAGAGCUUGACAGACAUGAGCUUUUUGAAAAAGCCAAGAAUGAAAUCCUGGAUGAAGUGAUAAGCUUAAGUCAGGUUACGCCAAAGCACUGGGAGGAAAGUCUUAAAAAGAAGCUCUGGGAACGAGUUUCAACCCAUGUCAUUGAGAACAUCUACCUGCCUGCUGCUCAAACUGCAAAUUCUGGGACUUUUAAUACCACAGUUGACAUCAAGCUGAAACAGUGGACAGACAAGCAACUACCUAACAAAGCAGUAGAGGUUGCCUGGGAAACGCUUCAAGAAGAAUUCUCUCGUUUUAUGACUGAGCAGAAGGGGAAAGACCAUGAUGACAUUUUUGACAAACUGAAAGAGGCUGUCAAGGAAGAGAGUAUUAAGAGACACAACUGGAAUGCAUUAGCAGAAGAUAGCCUGCGUGUAAUACAACACAAUGCUCUGGAAGAUCGAUCGAUAUCUGACAAACAGCAGUGGGAUGCAGCUAUCCAGUUCAUGGAAGAAACUCUUAAUACUCGCCUCAAUGACACACUAUCUGUAAUCCGUGACAUGGUGGGUCCAGACUGGAAGGAAAGGUGGAUGUACUGGCUAAAUCGAACUUCAGAACAGCACACUCGGAAUGAAACAAAAAAUGAACUGGAAAAGUUGCUGAAAAUUAACGAAGACCAUACAGCAUAUCUUGCAAAUGAUGAAGUCACCACAGUCCGUAAGAACCUUGAAGCUCGAGGAGUUGAUGUGGACCCAAUCUUAAUUAAAGAUACUUGGCACCAAAUUUACAGAAGGCAUUUCUUAAGGACAGCAGUUGAUCAUUGCAAUCUGUGUAGAAGAGGUUUCUACUAUUAUCAGAGACAUUUUGUUGACUCAGAGUUGGAAUGUAACGAUGUGGUCCUGUUCUGGCGAAUUCAAAGAAUGCUUGCAAUUACAGCAAACACUUUGAGACAGCAGCUUAUCAACACUGAAGUUAGACGACUGGAGAAGAAUGUGAAAGAAGUACUUGAAGACUUUGCUGAGUCCAGUGAAAAAAAGCUGCAGCUGCUUACAGGAAAGAGGGUGCAGUUGGCUGAAGAUCUAAAAAAAGUGCGGGAAAUCCAGGAGAAACUUGAAGCAUUUAUUGCUGCUCUUCAUCAAGAGAAGUAGUUCUCUUAUUUAUUGAGAACCAUUUGUCUGUGACUUAUUUUCAUAACAUGCAUUGAACAGAAAAAAGAAGAAUGUGGUCUCCUGUCCUUCACUUUAUUGGUUGCUGGUUCCCACUGCCUGCCCUUUGUCAGUCUUCAUUCUGCUCUCCUUCUUCAUUAUUUGUCGUCAUUUUAACUAAUGAAUGAGGCCGAAAUGCAGAGAAGACUGAUUUUUUUUAUUUGGUUUGGAGAAACUACUCACAUAAAAAGUACUAAUUCAUAUUACAUUCUGCUUUAGCUAAAUGGGGGGUUUACUGGUAGCUUCCAUUUAGUUUGUGGUACCUAGGAACUGAUUUUAAAGUAACUUUCUCUUGUCAGUACAUUGCUAAAUGAAGUUUACAAGGCAGUAAAAGUGACCACGUUGUUAGUAUCAUACAAAAAAAGUUCAAAGUGUGUUUAUGCAGGGGGUUAAGCCUGAAGUUUGAGAUGGGUAGAUAUUAUUGUAAAUAUAUUUUCAAACUAAACCAGGCUACCCCAAACAAUGUAAAUUAAUUUGUAUAUUUUUCUUGCAUCAGAACCUCUCUGCAGAAUAUAUAAUUGCCGUUAUCACAAUUAUUUAUCCAAAUUAAUAAAAAUGACAUUCAGGCUGUAGUUCGUUUUUAACUUUUUCCAUUAUGAUUAAUGAAAGGGAAAUAUUGGCAGAGGUCUAAAAAUGUUAAAUUCUUAUUGUGUGAUGUUUACAACAAUGUAUGACAGCAGCUUAGGAAAGAGGAAUGUGUUGUGCAUGGUGGUUAAAUUCAUUAUAUGACUAAAAAGCCAUGUCUGAUGAAACCUGCUUACCACUUGAGAGACCGUAGAACUUUAUUUCUAUGGAAAGUAUUCAUUGUGUAUACACACACACACACACACGUGUGUGUAUAUAUAUAUAUAUAUAUAUAUAUAUAUAUAUAUAUAUAUAUAUAUAUAUAUAUAUAUUGUUUUGUUUCAGACUGAGGUCUGGCAAAACAGUCAUUCAGUCCUUUUCACUUUACUGCUUACAUUAUAUGCAUUCUAUUAGUUUUUCAUGUGGAAUGGAAGGUUAAGUUGUUAUACUUUGUAGAAGUUUAUGUUGUAUUUUAAAAAGAGAUUUCCUCACAACCUAGGUUUGAGUAAGCUUAGCCUGACACCCCAAACCAUCACCAGGCUUUGUGCAAAGACUUUAAUUUAGCCACAUUUGUUUUCUAGUAAUGCCUGCCAUUUUGUAUAUAGUAGACAUUGUGUAGAUGAUAUGUAAUGUAACUAUAGACUGCUGCAUUGCCAUCCUAAUUUGUUAAUGUCACAUACACAUGCUAAAUACAGCCUCAAAACACAUAUGUUGCAUCACUGGCAUUACUUGAAAAAUGAAAAAGCACUCAUCUUGUGAAGCUGUUAAAGCUCUCUCGGACUAGGAGACAGGGUUCACUCUGCAGAAAAUUGAUAAAAUCGGAAUUAUCCAGGGUUGUGUAAAUUUAUUUGCACAGUAGAUCUUAUGAUGUCCUUGACUGGUUGAAUAUUACAGAUUUUUAGUCUUUCUUCUGUAAAAUCCUUAUUUUGGGCAGGUGUUCUGGCACUUAAUAUUUAUAGUAUUUCCUUUUGCUUUAUAUCAUAUCCUGCUUUCCUAAAACAAAAUGAGGAAACUGCAUAGUACAUCCUGUAUAUCACAUAUAAAGAAGCAUUCAACUCCCUGACAUUAAAGGGUCCAUAGAUAUUACACUCUGAGAAUCUUUGCAAAUAUUAAUUUAAAACCAGUAUACAAAUUGCAGAAACAUGUCUGUGAAUGUAUUUCUUUUCCCUGAUCUUUUGUGAUGGUCUGACUAAAAAAUACGUUAUCUUGAUGUUCUGUAUCCUAAAGAGAUGUGUGGAUCAAGAAGGUGGAACAAAGCUUUAAAGGGUAGUACCAGUACAUUAGCAGCAAAAGAAAAAUCCAUCUGUUCAUUGUUGCUAUGCUGUAAAUGAUAGAGUGUCCAUAUUUCUUUUUGCCCUUCUUAUCUGGAUUGGAAUGCUGCAGAUUUUACUUUAUUAGGAAUUGUCAAAGACUUUGCUCCAUAACUUCCAGCUUUUUUCCACUGUUUUUAUGACAAAAUAUUGCUCUGUCCCAUACAGAAUUUUUGUUGUUGCAAAACAAAGGAAAUCAAAAUUGCUAAAUCGCAAUAGUAAUUAUAAAUGUUUUAUUCUUUAUAAAAUGUACUGUAAUACAAAACCUUAUAUUCCAGCUGUUUUCUAAACAAAUGAUGCCAGUAAAUAAAAUAUGCCCCUGAUUUUGUUCCUCAUAAUGCUUGUCUUCAUCCCUGAUUUAUAAGUGAAAAGGUUGAGAGCUAUUCUUUGGCCUUUAAAUAAGUUUCACUUAAUAGUGGUAUACACGUAUUCUUAGAUGUACUUCUUUGAAUUUAUUUUUUAAAAUGAGACUUGACAAUAACUAGUAAGGCUCAGCUUUGAAAUGUCUUUCCAAUGAAGUUGAUUUCUGAAGACUGACAGCAUGCUUUAAGUAUUUUCUUGCUGUAAAUAAAGUAGCUCCAUAUGUAGUUGAUUGCAGGACUGCAAGAGAAAAAUAAAAAUCUGCUCCUGGAAGUACUGCUUGAAGAAUGUAUAUGGGGAGGAGAUUUUCAAAUAUGUUUCAAGGUCACUAGUAAGCAUAGAGACUGAAUUCCUGAAAGCAUUAGAAAGCAGUCAUUUUUGCAAGAAAGUGUCUCUGUCUGUCUCUCUCUCUAUGUAUGUGUGUGUAUAUAUAUAUACACAUUUGUAUGUAUAUAUACACAAACACACUAACUCUGAGAUCACACAGACUCAGAGAAAAGGGGAAAUUAAAAAAAAAAUUAAACUCACUUCAGAGGCUUUAACCUUGGGUCUAUAUCAUAUUAUCAAUGGUCAGUUCAGCCAGUCUCCGUUCAUGGAACUGCAACAUCAAACGUUCACUUAACAUCAGCAAGAAUUUAAAAUGGGGAAUGCCAUUACUUGGCCAACAUUGUGGCCAUUGCACACACAGUAUGUAAAAUCCACCCAGGUGGGGUGCUGCGCCCCUCAUACCCCCCCCCCCACCUAUAUAUACCAACUCCAGGAUUACACUACAGUGGAGAAAAGGCCAAAUUUCCUAAUGUUGACAAUGUUGGCCAAGUAAUGCCAUUCCCUACGUUAGAUCCCUUGCUGAUGAUCACUUUUGCAUAAGUGAACAUUUUAUGUUGUUGGUUCGAUGAAUAGAGGUUCGCUGAACUGACCAUUUCAUAAUAUGUAUCCCUUUCACCUCACAACAGAACAAGCUCCAAUGUAAUAAAAUAUUGCAAAAUGUAUUUGUAGUUGUAGGAUAUUUCAUGAUUUUGAGACUGAAGACACAGUCAGCGGUAGUGUUCUUGUUUGUAAAUGACAUAUGUCUGCAACUUUUUCUGUAUAGCAAUGUCUAAGAAAUAACUGUGGUGUGAGUCAGUAAUUUUUCACAGUGAGAAUUUUCAAACAAAAACAGGUUUCACUGACGGUAACCACAAAGCUUGCUUAUGCUGUAAUAUAAUGUCACAUUUUCAUUCUGCUGUUAAUGCACAUUCUGUAAUGUGGCACCACAUAGUCAAACUUUUAAUCAGUAUGGGACCAUAAUCAUUAAAAUCAUUGUAUUUCCUUUCUGUAAUGCAUUUUAUCAGCUGAAUAUAUGUAGUACCUCUCUGUGUAAAGCUCCAUCAUGUAAUGUGUAAGAAUACUGUUUGGAAAGCACUGGCAUUGGGUAGAACUGCAUAUAGUUAAGAUUAAUAAAUCUGACUGCAUUCAAGUAAACUAACACUGGUUCCUGUUCUGUCAGUUAUAGCCAUAAGGGUUCAGGUUAAGAACUGGAUCCAUUACUUUAUGGUUCCAUUUAAAGGAGUACUUUUAAUAAUGAAAGGAUGCAAGAAGCAAUCCACAUUGAUUACUUUUGUCUUUCAAAGACUGCUAUUGCUUUAUUACAAGGCAGAGUAACCUGCAUUUCUACAACUCUUGUCUGACGGAGUUGAAUGGUGCUGCUGAUGUACAGAAGACCACAACCAAGACUUCUGUUACAGUAUGGUGAUACCAGAGUCCAAAGUAAUGUUGAAAUGUUGGGCAUUGCUUUACUGUCUUGUGAAAUCUCAUGCCGUUCUGUCAUUCUUACAGAAUUAUCACAGCUGUGAUUGAAGGAUUUUCUGUUAUCCCUGUCUCGGGGUUUGCAUGAUGUAGUCUUUCAAGAGCCCUAGAGUAUUUAUUGAUGAUCUGGAAUCAAAGAAGUCAAGCAAAAAAUAAAACACUUUUGAAAGUAUAAA